AUGCAAAUCGGACACCAAAGAGAAAAAGAGGACAGUGAAAAACUGGUGAUGGAGCAACAGAGAAAUGAACUAGAAAAUGAAAUCUGUAAGUUCAACCAACAAAAAGAACAUGCAGAAAAAGAAAGGGAAGACCUAGUGAAGAUUUGGCAAGAACUUGACUCAGUGAAAGAGCAAAUGGCAGAAGAGAGAAAUGAAAUGGAGGAAAUUAAAAAGAAGAUACAAACCGAUAAAGAACUACUUGACCAAAGGGAGACAGAAAUGAAUGAACAAAAACAAAUUCUUGAGAAUAAUUUGAAAGAAAUAAUGCGAGAUAGGACAAAUCUGGAAAAGAUGAAAAUGGAACUUGAUCUACAGAAAGAAGAAAUAGAAAACACUGUCAGAGAGAAGAUGAAGCAAGAGAAAGAAGAACUUGAUGAUAUCCUGAAAGAAAUAACCAUGAAGGAGCAAGAUGUUGAAGAGAAAAUGUCCAUGAUGACCAAAUGUAGAAUUGAGCUAGAAAAAAUGAAGGUGAAACUGAAUGGGCACCAAGAAGCUAUAUCUCUUGAAAAGAAAGAGUUAGAGAAAGAGAAACACAGAUUUGACCAAUUAAAGGCAUCUUUGGAAACAGCCAAGAUGGAUGUAAUGAAUCUGGAUGAAAUAAAAACAUGGCUGGAGCAGGAAAGAGAAGAAUGUAGGAUUAUUGUUGAAGACACAAAGCAACAGAAGGAUGCCUUGGAGAAGUUGGGUUCUGAAAUCGCAAAGCAACAGCAAGACAUAGAGGCUAACCAAGUUCUUCUAGAAAAAGACAGAAUUGAUCUUGAAAAGAAAUCUCUGGAUUUGCAAAGAAGACAGCAGGAGUUGGAAAUGCAAAACAGACACCAAAGAGAAAAAGAGGACAGCGAAAAACUGGUGAUGGAACAACAGAGACAUGAACUGGAAAAAGAAAUCUGUAAGACCAACCAACAACAAGAACAGGCAGAAAAAGAAAGGGAGGCCCUAGAGAAGAAUUGGCAAGAACUUGACUCAGUGAAAGAGCAAAUGGCAGAAGAGAGGAAAGAAAUGGAGGAAAUUAAAAGGAAGAUACGAACCAAUACAGAACUACUUGACCAAAGGGAGACAGAAAUGAAUAAACAAAAGCAAAUUCUGGAGGAUAAUUUGAAAGAAAUAUUGCGAGAUAGGACAAAUCUGGACAAGAUGAAAAAAGAACUUGAACUACAGAAACAAGAAAUAGAAAACACUGUCAGAGAGAAGAUGAAGCUAGAGAAAGAAGAACUUGAUGAUAUCCUGAAAGAAAUAACCAUCAGGGAGCAAGAUGUUGAAGAGAAAAUGCAAGAAGUGCAAGAAAAACAGGAGGAGUUGCAGUUGCAAAUCAAAUAUCAAAGAGAAAAAGAGGACAGUGAAAAACUGGUGAUGGAGCAACGGAGACAUGAACUGGAAAAAGAAAUCUGUAAGUUCAACCAACAAAAAGAACAUGCAGAAAAAGAAAGGGAAGCCCUAGAAAACAACUGGCAAGAACUUGACUCAGUGAAAGAGCAAAUGGCAGAAGAGAGGAAAGAAAUGGAAGAAAUUAAAAAGAAGAUACAAACCAAUAACGAACUACUUGACCAAAGGGAGACAGAAUUGAAUGAACAAAAACAACUUCUGGAGGAUAAUUUGCAAGAAAUUAAGCGAGACAAAACAAAUCUGGAAAAGAUGAAAAUGGAACUUGAUCUACAGAAACAAGAAAUAGAAAACACUGUCAGAGAGAAGAUGAAGCAAGAGAAAGAAGAGCUUGAUGAUAUCAUGAAAGAAAUGACCAUCAAAGAGCAAGAUGUUGAAGAGCAAAUGUCUGUGAUCAACAAUUUGAGAAUUGAGCUAGAAAAAAUGAAGGUGAAACUGAAUGGGGACCAAGAAGCUAUAACUCUUGAAAAGCAAGAGUUAGAGAAUGAGAAACACAGAUUUGACCAAUUAAAGGCAUCUUUGGAAACAGCCAAGAUGGAUGUAAUGAAUCUGGAUGAAAUAAAAACAAGGCUGGAGCAGGAAAGAGAGGUAUGUAGAAUCAUUGUUGAAGACACAAAGCAACAGAAGGAUGCCUUGGAGAAGUUGGGUUCUGAAAUCGCAAAGCAACAGCAAGACAUAGAGGCUAACCAAGCUCUUCUAGAAAAAGACAGAAAUGAUCUUGAAAAGAAAUCUCUGGAUUUGCAAAGAAGACAGCAGGAGUUGGAAAUGCAAAUCGGACACCAAAGAGAAAAAGAGGACAGCGAAAAACUGGUAAUGGAGCAACAGAGAAAUGAACUGGAAAAAGAAAUCUGUAAGUUCAACCAACAAAAAGAACAGGCAGAAAAAGAAAGGGAAGACCUAGAGAAGAAUUGGCAAGAACUUGACUCAGUGAAAGAGCAAAUGGCAGAAGAGAGGAAAGAAAUGGAGGAAAUUAAAAAGAAGAUACAAACCAAUAAAGAACUACUUGACCAAAGGGAGACAGAAAUGAAUGAACAAAAGCAAAUUCUGGAGGAUAAUUUCCAAGAAAUAUUGCGAGAUAGGACAAAUCUGGAUAAGAUGAAAAUAGAACUUGAACUACAGAAACAAGAAAUAGAAAACACUGUCAGAAAGAAGAUGAAGCGAGAGAAAGAAGAACUUGAUGAUAUCCUGAAAGAAAUAACCAUCAGGGAGCAAGAUGUUGAAGAGAAAAUGCAAGAAGUGCAAGAAAAACAGGAGGAGUUGCAGUUGCAAAUCAAAUAUCAAAGAGAAAAAGAGGACAGUGAAAAACUGGUGAUGGAGCAACAGAGACAUGAACUGGAAAAAGAAAUCUGUAAGUUCAACCAACAAACAGAACAGGCAGAAAAAGAAAGGGAAGCCCUAGAAAAGAAGUGGCAAGAACUUGACUCAGUGAAAGAGCAAAUGGCAGAAGAGAGGAAAGAAAUGGAGGAAAUUAAAAAGAAGAUACAAACCGAUAAAGAACUACUUGACCAAAGGGAGACAGAAAUGAAUAAACAAAAGCAAAUUCUGGAGGAUAAUUUGAAAGAAAUAUUGCGAGAUAGGACAAAUCUGGUAAAGAUGAAAAUGGAACUUGAUCUACAGAAAGAAGAAAUAGAAAACACUGUCAGAGAGAAGAUGAAGCAAGAGAAAGAAGAACUUGAUGAUAUCAUGAAAGAAAUAACCCUCAAGGAGCAAGAUGUUGAAGAGAAAAUGUCCAUGAUGAACAAUUGGAGAAUUGAGCUAGAAAAAAUGAAAGUGAAACUGAAUGGGGACCAAGAAGCUAUAACUCUUGAAAAGCAAGAGUUAGAGAAUGAGAAACACAGAUUUGACCAAUUAAAGGCAUCUUUGGAAACAGCCAAGAUGGAUGUAAUGAAUCUGGAUGAAAUAAAAACACGGCUGGAGCAGGAAAGAGAAGAAUGUAGGAUUAUUGUUGAAGACACAAAGCAACAGAAGGAUGCCUUGGAGAAGUUGGGUUCUGAAAUCACAAAGCAACAGCAAGACAUAGAGGCUAACCAAGCUCUUCUAGAAAAAGACAGAAAUGAUCUGGAAAAGCAGUAUUUGGAAUUGCAAGAAAAACAGGAGGAGUUGCAGAUGCAAUUCAAACACCAAAGAGAAAAAGAGGACAGUGAAAAUCUGGUGAUAGAGCAACAGAGACAUGAACUGGAAAAAGAAAUCUGUAAGUUCAACCAACAUAAAGAACAGGCAGAAAAAGAAAGGGAAGCCCUAGAAAACAAUUGGCAAGAACUUGACACUGUGAAAGAGCAAAUGGCAGAAGAGAGGAAAGAAAUGGAGGAAAUUAAAAAGAAGAUACAAACCGAUAACGAACUACUUGACCAAAGGGAGACAGAAAUGAAUAAACAAAAGCAAUUUCUGGAAGAUAAUUUGAAUGAAAUAUUGCGAGAUAGGACAAAUCUGGAAAAGAUGAAAAUGGAACUUGAUCUACAGAAAGAAGAAAUAGAAAAGACUGUCAGAGAGAAGACGAAGCAAGAGAAAGAAGAACUUGAUGAUAUCAUGAAAGAAAUAACCCUCAAGGAGCAAGAUGUUGAAGAGAACAUGUCCAUGAUGGACAAUUUGAGAAUUGAGCUAGAUAAAAUGAAGGUGAAACUGAAUGGGGACCAAGAAGCUAUAACUCUUGAAAAGCAAGAGUUAGAGAAUGAGAAACACAGAUUUGACCAAUUAAAGGCAUCUUUGGAAACAGCCAAGAUGGAUGUAAUGAAUCUGGAUGAAAUAAAAACACGGCUGGAGCAGGAAAGAGAAGAAUGUAGGAUUAUUGUUGAAGACACAAAGCAACAGAAGGAUGCCUUGGAGAAGUUGGGUUCUGAAAUCGCAAAGCAACAGCAAGACAUAGAGGCUAACCAAGCUCUUCUAGAAAACGACAGACAUGAUCUUGAAAAGAAAUCUCUGGAUUUGCAAAGAAGACAGCAGGAUUUGGAAAUGCAAAUCAAAUACCAAAGAGAAAAAGAGGACAGUGAAAAACUGGUCAUGGAGCAACAGAGAAAUGAACUGGAAGAAGAAAUCUGUAAGACCAACCAACAACAAGAACAGGCAGAAAAAGAAAGGGAAGCCCUAGAGAAGAAGUGGCAAGAACUUGACUCAGUGAAAGAGCAUUUGGCAGAAGAGAGGAAUGAAAUGGAGGAAAUUAAAAAGAAGAUACAAACCAAUAACGAAAUACUUGACAAAAGGGAGACAGAAAUGAAUAAACAAAAGCAACUUAUGGAGGAUAAUUUGAAAGAAAUUAAGCGAGACAAAACAAAUCUGGACAAAAUGAAAAUGGAACUUGAUCUACAGAAACAAGAAAUAGAAAACACUGUCAGAGAGAAGAUGAAGCAAGAGAAAGAAGAGCUUGAUGAUAUCAUGAAAGAAAUUACCAUCAAGGAGCAAGAUGUUGAAGAGCAAAUGUCUGUGAUCAACAAUUUGAGAAUUGAGCUAGAUAAAAUGAAGGUGAAACUGAAUGGGGACCAAGAAGCUAUAACUCUUGAAAAGCAAGAGUUAGAGAAAGAGAAACACAGAUUUGACCAAUUAAAGGCAUCUUUGGAAACAGCCAAGAUGGAUGUAAUGAAUCUGGAUGAAAUAAAAACAAGGCUGGAGCAGGAAAGAGAAGAAUGUAGGAUUAUUGUUGAAGACACAAAGCAACAGAAGGAAGCCUUGGAGAUGUUGGGUUCUGAAAUGGCAAAGCAACAGGAAGACAUAGAGACUAACCAAGCUCUUCUAGAAAAAGACAGAAAUGAUCUGGAAAAGCAGUAUCUGGAAUUGCAAGAAAAACAGGAGGAGUUGCAGUUGCAAUUCAAACACCAAAGAGAAAAAGAGGACAGUGAAAAUCUGGUGAUAGAGCAACAGAGACAUGAACUGGAAAAAGAAAUCUGUAAGUUCAACCAACAAAAAGAACAGGCAGAAAAAGAAAGGGAAGACCUAGAGAAGAAUUGGCAAGAACUUGACUCAGUGAAAGAGCAAAUGGCAGAAGAGAGGAAAGAAAUGGAGGAAAUUAAAAAGAAGAUACAAACCAAUAAAGAACUACUUGACCAAAGGGAGACAGAAAUGAAUGAACAAAAGCAAAUUCUGGAGGAUAAUUUGAAAGAAAUAUUGCGAGAUAGGACAAAUCUGGAUAAGAUGAAAAUAGAACUUGAACUACAGAAACAAGAAAUAGAAAACACUGUCAGAGAGAAGAUGAAGCAAGAGAAAGAAGAACUUGAUGAUAUCAUGAAAGAAAUGACCAUCAAAGAGCAAGAUGUUGAAGAGCAAAUGUCUGUGAUCAACAAUUUGAGAAUUGAGCUAGAUAAAAUGAAGGUGAAACUGAAUGGGGACCAAGAAGCUAUAACUCUUGAAAAGCAAGAGUUAGAGAAAGAGAAACACAGAUUUGACCAAUUAAAGGCAUCUUUGGAAACAGCCAAGAUGGAUGUAAUGAAUCUGGAUGAAAUAAAAACAAGGCUGGAGCAGGAAAGAGAAGAAUGUAGGAUUAUUGUUGAAGACACAAAGCAACAGAAGGAUGCCUUGGAGAAGUUGGGUUCUGAAAUGGCAAAGCAACAGCAAGACAUAGAGACUAACCAAGCUCUUCUAGAAAAAGACAGAAAUGAUCUGGAAAAGCAGUAUCUGGAAGUGCAAGAAAAACAGGAGGAGUUGCAGUUGCAAUUCAAACACCAAAGAGAAAAAGAGGACAGUGAAAAACUGGUCAUGGAGCAACAGAGAAAUGAACUGGAAAAAGAAAUCUGUAAGUUCAACCAACAUCAAGAACAGGCAGAAAAAGAAAGGGAAGACCUAGAGAAGAAUUGGCAAGAACUUGACUCAGUGAAAGAGCAAAUGGCAGAAGAGAGGAAAGAAAUGGAGGAAAUUAAAAAGAAGAUACAAACCAAUAAAGAACUACUUGACCAAAGGGAGACAGAAUUGAAUGAACAAAAGCAAAUUCUGGAGGAUAAUUUGAAAGAAAUUAAGCGAGACAAAACAAAUCUGGAAAAAAUUAAAAUGGAACUUGAACUACAGAAACAAGAAAUAGAAAACACUGUCAGAGAGAAGAUGAAGCAAGAGAAAGUAGUACUUGAUGAUAUCAUGAAAGAAAUAACCCUCAAGGAGCAAGAUGUUGAAGAGAAAAUGUCGAUGAUGGACAAUUUGAGAAUUGAGCUAGAAAAUAUGAAGGUGAAACUGAACCGGGACCAAGAAGCUAUAACUCUUGAAAAGCAAGAGUUAGAGAAUGAGAAACACAGAUUUGACCAAUUAAAGGCAUCUAUGCAGAGCGAAAUGCAGAACAUGAAGAAUGCUUUGGAAACAGCCAAGAUGGAGGUAAUGAAUCUGGAUGAAAUAAAAACAAGGCUGGAGCAGGAAAGAGAAGAAUGUAGAAUUAUUGUUGAAGACACAAAGCAACAGAAGGAUGCCUUGGAGAAGUUGGGUUCUGAAAUGGCAAAGCAACAGGAAGACAUAGAGGUUAACCAAGCUCUUCUAGAAAAAGACAGAAAUGAUCUUGAAAAGCAAUCUCUGGAUUUGCAAAGAAGACAGCAUGAUUUGGAAAUGCAAAUCAAAUACCAAAGAGAAAAAGAGGACAGUGAAAAACUGGUAAUGGAGCAACAGAGAAAUGAACUGGAAGAAGAAAUCUAUAAGACCAUCCAACAACAAGAACAGGCAGAAAAAGAAAGGGAAGACCUAAAGAAGAAUUGGCAAGAACUUGACUCAGUGAAAGAGCAUUUGGCAGAAGAGAGGAAUGAAAUGGAGGAAAUUAAAAAGAAGAUACAAACCGAUAAAGAACUACUUGACCAAAGGGAGACAGAAUUGAAUGCACAAAAGCAAAUUCUGGAGGAUAAUUUGCAAGAAAUUCAGCGAGACAAAACAAAUCUGGAAAAGAUGAAAAUGGAACUUGAUCUACAGAAACAAGAAAUAGAAAACACUGUCAGAGAGAAGAUGAAGCAAGAGAAAGAAGAGCUUGAUGAUAUCAUGAAAGAAAUGACCAUCAAAGAGCAAGAUGUUGAAGAGCAAAUGUCUGUGAUCAACAAUUUGAGAAUUGAGCUAGAUAAAAUGAAGGUGAAACUGAAUGGGGACCAAGAAGCUAUAACUCUUGAAAAGCAAGAGUUAGAGAAUGAGAAACACAGAUUUGACCAAUUAAAGGCAUCUUUGGAAACAGCCAAGAUGGAUGUAAUGAAUCUGGAUGAAAUAAAAACAAGGCUGGAGCAGGAAAGAGAGCAAUGUAGGAUCAUUGUUGAAGACACAAAGCAACAGAAGGAUGCCUUGGAGAAGUUGGGUUCUGAAAUCGCAAAGCAACAGCAAGACAUAGAAGCUAACCAAGCUCUUCUAGAAAAAGACAGAAAUGAUCUUGAAAAGAAAUCUCUGGAUAUGCAAAGAAGACAGCAGGAGUUGGAAAUGCAAAUCGGACACCAAAGAGAAAAAGAGGACAGCGAAAAACUGGUAAUGGAGCAACAGAGAAAUGAACUGGAAAAAGAAAUCUGUAAGUUCAACCAACAAAAAGAACAGGCAGAAAAAGAAAGGGAAGACCUAAAGAAGAAUUGGCAAGAACUUGACUCAGUGAAAGAGCAAAUGGCAGAAGAGAGGAAAGAAAUGGAGGAAAUUAAAAAGAAGAUACAAACCGAUAAAGAACUACUUGACCAAAGGGAGACAGAAAUGAAUAAACAAAAGCAAAUUCUGGAGGAUAAUUUGAAAGAAAUAUUGCGAGAUAGGACAAAUCUGGUAAAGAUGAAAAUGGAACUUGAUCUACAGAAAGAAGAAAUAGAAAACACUGUCAGAGAGAAGAUGAAGCAAGAGAAAGAAGAGCUUGAUGAUAUCAUGAAAGAAAUAACCCUCAAGGAGCAAGAUGUUGAAGAGCAAAUGUCCAUGAUGAACAAUUGGAGAAUUGAGCUAGAUAAAAUGAAGGUGAAACUGAAUCGGGACCAAGAAGCUAUAGCUCUUGAAAAGCAAGAGUUAGAGAAUGAGAAACACAGAUUUGACCAAUUAAAGGCAUCUUUGGAAACAGCGAAGAUGGAUGUAAUGAAUCUGGAUGAAAUAAAAAUACGGCUGGAGCAGGAAAGAGAAGAAUGUAGGAUUAGUGUUGAAGACACAGAGCAACAGAAGGAUGCCUUGGAGAAGUUGGGUUCUGAAAUCGCAAAGCAACAGCAAGACAUAGAGGCUAACCAAGCUCUUCUAGAAAAAGACAGAAAUGAUCUGGAAAAGCAGUAUUUGGAAUUGCAAGAAAAACAGGAGGAGUUGCAGUUGCAAUUCAAACACCAAAGAGAAAAAGAGGACAGUGAAAAUCUGGUGAUAGAGCAACAGAGACAUGAACUGGAAAAAGAAAUCUGUAAGUUCAACCAACAAAAAGAACAGGCAGAAAAAGAAAGGGAAGCCCUAGAAAACAAUUGGCAAGAACUUGACACUGUGAAAGAGCAAAUGGCAGAAGAGAGGAAAGAAAUGGAGGAAAUUAAAAAGAAGAUACAAACCGAUAACGAACUACUUGACCAAAGGGAGACAGAAAUGAAUAAACAAAAGCAAUUUCUGGAAGAUAAUUUGAAUGAAAUAUUGCGAGAUAGGACAAAUCUGGAAAAGAUGAAAAUGGAACUUGAUCUACAGAAAGAAGAAAUAGAAAAGACUGUCAGAGAGAAGACGAAGCAAGAGAAAGAAGAACUUGAUGAUAUCAUGAAAGAAAUAACCUUCAAGGAGCAAGAUGUUGAAGAGAACAUGUCCAUGAUGGACAAUUUGAGAAUUGAGCUAGAUAAAAUGAAGGUGAAACUGAAUGGGGACCAAGAAGCUAUAACUCUUGAAAAGCAAGAGUUAGAGAAUGAGAAACACAGAUUUGACCAAUUAAAGGCAUCUUUGGAAACAGCCAAGAUGGAUGUAAUGAAUCUGGAUGAAAUAAAAACAAGGCUGGAGCAGGAAAGAGAAGAAUGUAGGAUUAUUGUUGAAGACACAAAGCAACAGAAGGAUGCCUUGGAGAAGUUGGGUUCUGAAAUCGCAAAGCAACAGCAAGACAUAGAGGCUAACCAAGUUCUUCUAGAAAACGACAGACAUGAUCUUGAAAAGAAAUCUCUGGAUUUGCAAAGAAGACAGCAGGAUUUGGAAAUGCAAAUCAAAUACCAAAGAGAAAAAGAGGACAGUGAAAAACUGGUCAUGGAGCAACAGAGAAAUGAACUGGAAGAAGAAAUCUGUAAGACCAACCAAAAACAAGAACAGGCAGAAAAAGAAAGGGAAGACCUAGAGAAGAAGUGGCAAGAACUUGACUCAGUGAAAGAGCAUUUGGCAGAAGAGAGGAAUGAAAUGGAGGAAAUUAAAAAGAAGAUACAAACCAAUAACGAAAUACUUGACAAAAGGGAGACAGAAAUGAAUAAACAAAAGCAACUUCUGGAGGAUAAUUUGAAAGAAAUUAAGCGAGACAAAACAAAUCUGGACAAAAUGAAAAUGGAACUUGAUCUACAGAAACAAGAAAUAGAAAACACUGUCAGAGAGAAGAUGAAGCAAGAGAAAGAAGAGCUUGAUGAUAUCAUGAAAGAAAUUACCAUCAAGGAGCAAGAUGUUGAAGAGCAAAUGUCUGUGAUCAACAAUUUGAGAAUUGAGCUAGAUAAAAUGAAGGUGAAACUGAAUGGGGACCAAGAAGCUAUAACUCUUGAAAAGCAAGAGUUAGAGAAUGAUAAACACAGAUUUGACCAAUUAAAGGCAUCUUUGGAAACAGCCAAGAUGGAUGUAAUGAAUCUGGAUGAAAUAAAAACAAGGCUGGAGCAGGAAAGAGAAGAAUGUAGGAUUAUUGUUGAAGACACAAAGCAACAGAAGGAUGCCUUGGAGAAGUUGGGUUCUGAAAUGGCAAAGCAACAGGAAGACAUAGAGACUAACCAAGCUCUUCUAGAAAAAAACAGAAAUGAUCUGGAAAAGCAGUAUCUGGAAUUGCAAGAAAAACAGGAGGAGUUGCAGUUGCAAUUCAAACACCAAAGAGAAAAAGAGUACAGUGAAAAACUGGUCAUGGAGCAACAGAGAAAUGAUCUGGAAAAAGAAAUCUGUAAGUUCAACCAACAAAAAGAACAGGCAGAAAACGAAAGGGAAGCCCUAGAGAAGAAUUGGCAAGAACUUGACUCAGUGAAAGAGCAAAUGGCAGAAGAGAGGAAAGAAAUGGAGGAAAUUAAAAAGAAGAUACAAACCAAUAAAGAACUACUUGACCAAAGGGAGACAGAAAUGAAUGAACAAAAGCAAAUUCUGGAGGAUAAUUUGAAAGAAAUAUUGCGAGAUAGGACAAAUCUGGAUAAGAUGAAAAUAGAACUUGAACUACAGAAACAAGAAAUAGAAAACACUGUCAGAGAGAAGAUGAAGCUAGAGAAAGAAGAGCUUGAUGAUAUCAUGAAAGAAAUGACCAUCAAGGAGCAAGAUGUUGAAGAGAAAAUGUCCAUGAUCAACAAUUUGAGAAUUGAGCUAGAAAAAAUGAAGGUGAAACUGAAUGGGGACCAAGAAGCUAUAACUCUUGAAAAGCAAGAGUUAGAGAAUGAGAAACACAGAUUUGACCAAUUAAAGGCAUCUUUGGAAACAGCCAAGAUGGAUGUAAUGAAUCUGGAUGAAAUAAAAACAAGGCUGGAGCAGGAAAGAGAAGAAUGUAGGAUUAUUGUUGAAGACACAAAGCAACAGAAGGAUGCCUUGGAGAUGUUGGGUUCUGAAAUGGCAAAGCAACAGGAAGACAUAGAGACUAACCAAGCUCUUCUAGAAAAAGACAGAAAUGAUCUUGAAAAGAAAUCUCUGGAUUUGCAAAGAAGACAGCAGGAGUUGGAAAUGCAAAUCGGACACCAAAGAGAAAAAGAGGACAGCGAAAAACUGGUGAUGGAGCAACAGAGAAAUGAACUGGAAAAAGAAAUCUGUAAGUUCAACCAACAAAAAGAACAGGCAGAAAAAGAAAGGGAAGCCCUAGAGAAGAAUUGGCAAGAACUUGAUUCAGUGAAAGAGCAAAUGGCAGAAGAGAGGAAAGAAAUGGAGGAAAUUAAAGAACUACUUGACCAAAGGGAGACAGAAAUGAAUGAACAAAUGCAACUUCUGGAGGAUAAUUUGAAAGAAAUUAAGCGAGACAAAACAAAUCUGGACAAAAUGAAAAUAGAACUUGAUCUACAGAAACAAGAAAUAGAAAACACUGUCAGAGAGAAGAUGAAGCAAGAGAAAGAAGAACUUGAUAAUAUCAUGAAAGAAAUAACCAUCAAGGAGCAAGAUGUUGAAGAGCAAAAGUCUGUGAUCAACAAUUUGAGAAUUGAGCUAGAUAAAAUGAAGGUGAAACUGAAUGGGGACCAAGAAGCUAUAACUCUUGAAAAGCAAGAGUUAGAGAAUGAGAAACACAGAUUUGACCAAUUAAAGGCAUCUAUGCAGAGUGAAAUCGGACAUCAAAGAGAAAAAGAGGACAGUGAAAAACUGGUGAUGGAGCAACAGAGAAAUGAACUGGAAAAAGAAGAGCAACUCAUGGAAAAAUCUAUUAAAAGGGGGAAGAUGCUAGAAACUCUCAUUCUGGAACAGCACAAUGAAAGGGAGGGAUUGAAUGUUAUCAGUGAAGAGAAUAGCAAAAAACAAAAAUUCCUUGAAGAUCAAUUUCUAAGGCAACAUCACACUCCAAAGAAUGCUAUGAAUGAUAUUACAUCAGAAAAUAAUAAAACAGAUCAAAUAAACGUGCAAAUGCAGGGACAAAAAGAUGACCUAGAUAAUGCCUUAAAAAAGCAGCAACAAGAAUUUGAGAUCAGGGAGCUUGACCUUGAGACGGAAAAGGCAUCUAUUGAGAAGAUGAAAGCGAACUUGGCAAGCCUGGCCAAGGAAAUGAAUGCUGAGAAAAAUGAGCUGAGAAUCAAGAAGGACAUUCUUGAGUGUUGGGAGGCAGAACUAUUGAAGCAGAGAUUUGAGACUGAGACGAUGAAGAACACUCUGGAAACUGAAAAAGUUCAGCUUGAGAGAGCACGUUCUGACAUACAACAGUGCCAGAAUCACACGGACAGCAUAUUGGAAGCCACCAAGAAAACAAAAGACAAGCAAAAAGACAAAAGCAUACAGUGCAAACUGGAAAUGCAUAUGAAAGAUACAGAAACCAUGACAGAGCCUUCUACUGAACACAAAGUCACUGAGAUAAAGACAACUGCUUCUCAAAAGAAUGCUCUGAGUGACAAAGAAGUAAUUGAUGAAAUAAGCAGAACACUAGAGAACAUGGAGAAAGAACUACAGAAAAGAUUACAAGAAAUUCACAAAAAAGAAAUAAAGAAAGUUGAACUACAGAAAGGAAAAAUUGAGCGGGAGCUGAUGAAAGAUUCAUUUCAUAAUGAAGGAGAAACAGAUGGGCAGAAAAUCAUGGAGAAAGAAAAACAAAUCCUUUUGUUAAAGGAAUGUAUGCUUUUAGAGAUUAGCCAAUUAAAGAGCAAGAGGAAAGAUACAAACACCAAAUACCUACAAAGGAUGGAGGAACUCAUCACUGAAACAUCCACAUUUAAAGACAAAAUCAGGCAUAUGACAGAUAAAGCAGUACAAACAGUGACAAAGGAGAGACAAGAGGGAAAGAUAAAAGAAGUGGAGAUAUGGUCUGACAAACAGGUAGAAGGAAUUCAGACAGAAGGACUUAUGGAGCUUGCUAGCCCUUCUCUUCAUCUGCUGAGUGAUGACAGGAAUGAGAAACUAAGAAAGGCUCCAGAAGAAGCACAAUCUACAAAUGUAUUACAAAGACGGGGGCUACUGCAAUGGAUCAGGCGCUGCUGCAACUACUGUCGCCCAUGUGAAAUUAAACAAGAGGAACAAAAUAGUUUAGAUUCUUGAAGUCAUACACGCUUUGUUCUCACAAUACAGAUAUGAUCACAGAAUCCUAAAAAUUCCCUUAAACAAAGCCUUCUACAAUUUUACUUCCAUAUAAUGUUGGCUUCAGUUGUUGUAUGAAAUUACUGUGGAGUAAUUGAGUGGAGAAAAAAAUGGAGUGACACUCCACAAGUGUAGGUGAUAUAGUUUUUCACUGAAUGUGAGAAAAAAUUGUUGCACUUAUUGAUAUGAUUAUUAUACACUAAUAAUGAUCUAAAUGACAUUGUAAUUAUCCAUUUACGAUUUUUACCGAUUAAAUGAUUAUCGGCCAUUUUUCCAUAUUUUAUCAUAUUUUCUGGAUGCAUGUUUGUGUGAUAUCUGAUACAAAUAUUCAACUAAUCUGCCUUUUUUUUUUUAAAUUAUUAUUUGCUAUUUGAAUUAACUUUUGAUUCUGAUUUGAUGUAUUAUUAUAACACAGUGCGUGAAUAGCUCCCUGUGCAACAAGGUUAAAGGUAAAAUGCACAUAUCCUGUAUAGCAUGCAAGUGUUUGUGGAUGUCACACAGCCAGUGGUUUGGAAAUGGUGUUGGCUUCAUGGUUAAAGGAGGACGAUCGUGUUUGUCCUCGCUUUGUCCUCGCUUCAAAAGAAUCAUGAUUCCCUUAAAGUAUGUAGUCUAUAUAUUCACAAAUUUAGAGUGGAAUAUGGAUGAUGUUGCAAACUUACCUCAACUUAUCUUAAAUAUAGUGAGCUGUUAAAUGUUAAUUAGUUCACCAAAUAAAAAUGAAGAAAGAAAUUAACAUACAAACUAGUUAACAGUAAAUUUAUAUCCAUCUACAUAUAUUUCAAUAAAUGUAGCCUUUUGAAUUCA